AUAGCAUCGGCUAUUCGAAUACCCCUUACAUCUAUUCUAUACAAAUGAUAUAAUCGAGAGUAGUACGGUGUGUUGGAUGACUCCGACCCGCAUGAUAUCAUCCACAAGGUCCUUCCGUCUCCCAACGCGGCAACGCUCGCUCUUCGUCGCCUUCACUUCCACUUCUCUUCUCUUCUCCUUCUUACUUCUCCCUCAGUCUUCUUGCACCCCUCUUUCCGUCCUUCUGUAUCCGCUCACCAGCUGUUUCCGCAGCAUAGAUUCACCCACCCCGUCAUGGCGCCUAGCAAUGAUACCCGGGGUUGGGUUAUGAGCACCGUCUCGGGCAUCGGUCAGUGAUUUCCUCUCUACUUGCCUCUUCGGGCCUCGAGAAUGAAGUCAAUCAGCCAAGAGGAUCGUGCAAUGCUAGGAAUGUGUCACUAAUGCGAAACCAUUCAACAACAGCCUGUGUCUUGGGUGCCUCCCU